GCAGCUGUAGUACCAUCCGCACAAUCUCUCAACCUAACUGACUUCAACUUCAGUGAUUUUGAGCUAUCAGAUUUUGAAACAACACUGUGUACAAUACGAAUGUUCACAGACCUCAACCUGGUGCAAAAUUUCCAAAUGAAACAUGAGGUUCUCUGCAGAUGGAUUUUAAGUGUAAAGAAAAAUUACCGGAAAAAUGUUGCUUAUCACAAUUGGAGGCAUGCCUUUAAUACAGCGCAGUGCAUGUUUGCUGCUUUAAAAUCUGGUAAAAUUCAGAGCAAACUGACUGAUUUAGAAACACUCGCUUUGCUGAUAGCAACUCUAAGCCACGAUUUGGAUCACAGGGGAGUGAACAACUCUUACAUACAGAGGAGUGAACAUCCACUGGCUCAACUGUAUUGCCACUCAAUCAUGGAGCAUCAUCAUUUUGAUCAAUGCCUUAUGAUCCUGAAUAGUCCAGGAAAUCAGAUUCUCAGCAGCCUUUCCAUUGAAGAAUACAAGGCCACACUGAAAAUGAUAAAACAAGCCAUUCUUGCCACAGACCUAGCACUAUACAUAAAGAGGAGAGGAGAAUUUUUUGAACUUCUAAGGAAGAAGCAAUUUAAUUGGGAAGAUCCUACACAGAAGGAGCUAUUCUUAGCAAUGCUGAUGACUGCCUGUGAUUUAUCAGCCAUAACCAAACCAUGGCCAGUUCAGCAACGGAUUGCUGAGCUUAUAGCUACUGAAUUCUUUGACCAAGGAGAUAAAGAGCGGAAGGAACUCAACAUAGAACCAACAGAUCUAAUGAACAGAGAGAAGAAAAAUAAAAUUCCCAGCAUGCAGGUUGGAUUCAUAGAUGCUGUUUGUUUGCAGCUGUAUGAGGCCCUAACGCAUGUGUCAGAGGCCUGCUACCCUUUACUGGAUGGCUGUAGAAAAAAUAGGCAGAAAUGGCAAUCCUUGGCUGAACAACAAGAGAAGAAUCUGAUUAAUGGAGAAAGCAAUCAAGCCAAACGGAACUGAGAUGCUGAUUUAACAACCACAAGCUUGAGGUCACAUAGAAAACAUAGUAAUAG